AUGGUUGCUGUAGCAAAGGAGAAUCCCACGGAUGUAUCUUUAUACGCAAGAUAUGCCCUCGCUGGCGCCUUCUGUUGCGCCUUCACUCACGCUGUUCUAACUCCCGUCGAUGUCGUCAAAACAAGGAUCCAACUCGACCCGAUCGCGUACAGCAGCAGUCUAUCCAAGAGUGCACGCCACAUAGUUUCAGCAGAAGGACCAGGGGCUCUCUUGACCGGUUUAGGUCCCACUAUCGCCGGCUAUUGCCUCCAGGGUGCUUUCAAAUUUGGCGGUUACGAGUACUUCAAAGCUCGUGCAGUAGACUAUCUGGGACAAUCGACGGCUGCUAAUAACCGAAACGCCGUUUACCUAGGUUCAGCUGCCGCGGCCGAGUUCCUUGGCGAUAUUGCACUGUGUCCAUUCGAAUCUGUUCGAAUACGGCUGGUAUCUCAGCCUGGCUAUGCCACCGGCUGCGUGAGCGGUCUAGCAAAGCUAGCAAGAGAAGAGGGUAUGAGUGGCCUCUACUCCGGCCUGGGUCCUAUUCUCCUCAAACAGUACGCUCGGCCAGACCAACCCUUGUCGCUAUGA